CGACCCUUAGGGGCUGCUCGUUUCGGAGCGGAGCUGGCGACUUGGCUAACGGCUCUGCUCCGCUUACCGGGACGGGACGCGAGGCCUCCGUAGCUCAACCUGCACGGUCGCUUAUGGGUCGGAUGAGGGGAUUCGGUAACGGUGCUAGGACCCUUUGGCUGGAGCAGUCCUGGAGCCCUUGUACCGCAGGUCCUGAGGAGCUGGCCCUCUGGAGAACGGGAGGGAGAAAACCACAGGAGGGACCCCCGUUGACUGCUAGGCUCACUGCGGAUAGCUGCACUCCCAGUGUCGUGCUCACUGGGGAAAGGACCUCCCAUACUCAAAGGAACGCGUUGGGCUACGGAUAGCGGAAGGUGGACUUUUUCUUUUGUCGAGAUGCACCCUCAAGACCAAGUAGGAUGAAAAGCUUCUUUAUUGCUUGCAUGGCAACUUCGUGCUGUGUUAAUAGGCUACUUCUUUGUAGACAUAAAAGUCAGCUUUGACUGGAAACAACGCAUCAUUAAAAUCCUCUUGCACUGGUCCUGCUUUUUUCCUACCUAAAUUUGAAGGACUAUGGAGAAAUGGUACUUGAUGACAGUAGUGGUCUUACUAGGACUAACGAUACGGUGGACAGUUUCUCUUAAUUCUUAUUCAGGUGCUGGGAAACCCCCUAUGUUUGGUGAUUAUGAAGCUCAGAGACACUGGCAAGAAAUUACUUUUAAUUUACCAAUCAAGCAAUGGUAUUUUAACACCAGUGAUAACAAUUUACAGUAUUGGGGAUUGGAUUACCCACCGCUUACAGCUUAUCAUAGUCUUUUAUGUGCAUAUGUGGCAAAGUUUCUAAAUUCAGACUGGAUUGCUCUCCAUACAUCACAUGGAUAUGAGAGUCAGGCACAUAAGCUUUUCAUGCGUGCAACAGUUUUUGUUGCUGAUUUGCUGAUUUAUAUACCUGCAGUGGUUUUGUACUGCUAUUGUUUAAAAGAAACCUCAACUAAGAAAAAGAUUGCUAAUAUAUUAUGCAUUUUGCUGUAUCCAGGCCUUAUUCUUAUUGACUAUGGACAUUUUCAAUAUAAUUCUGUGAGUCUUGGCUUUGCUUUGUGGGGUGUUCUUGGAGUAUCUUGUGACCGGGACCUGCUAGGGUCACUGGCAUUUUGCUUAGCAAUAAAUUAUAAACAGAUGGAACUUUACCACUCAUUGCCAUUUUUUUGUUUUUUACUUGGCAAGUGUUUUAAAAAAGGCCUGAAAGGAAAGGGGUUUGUGUUGUUAAUUAAGUUAGCUUGUACUGUUGUGUCUUCCUUCAUUCUCUGCUGGCUGCCAUUCUUUACUGAAAAAGAACAAACCCUGCAAGUUCUAAGAAGACUCUUCCCAGUUGAUCGUGGAUUAUUUGAGGAUAAAGUAGCCAAUAUUUGGUGUAGCUUCAAUGUCUUUGUGAAGAUUAAGGAUAUUUUGCCACAUUACAUCCAGAUAAUAAUCAGCUUUUGUUUUACAUUUUUGAGCCUCCUUCCUGCAUGUAUAAAAUUAAUUCUUCAGCCCUCUCCCAAAGGAUUCAAAUUUACUCUGGUUAGCAGUGCACUAUCAUUCUUUUUAUUUUCUUUCCAAGUACAUGAAAAGUCCAUUCUCUUGGUAUCAUUACCAAUCUGCUUAAUUUUAAAUGAAAUUCCUUUUAUGUCUACUUGGUUUUUACUUAUUUCAACAUUUAGUAUGCUUCCUCUUCUGUUGAAGGAUGAACUCCUAAUGCCUUUGGUUGUGACAAUGAUGGCAUUUUUUAUAGCUUGUGCAACUUGCUUUUCAAUAUUUGAAAAGACUUCUGAAGAAGAACUGCAGUUGAAAUCCUUUUCUGUUUCUGUUAGGAAAUAUCUUCCAUGUUUUACAUUUCUUCCCAGAAUUAUACAACAUUUGUUUUUUAUCUCAGUGGUCACUAUGGUCCUUCUGACAUUGAUGACUAUCACAUUGGAUCCUCCUCAGAAAUUACCAGACUUAUUUUCUGUAUUGGUGUGCUUUGUAUCCUGCUUGAACUUCCUGUUCUUCUUGGUGUACUUCAACAUUAUAAUCAUGUGGGAUUCCAGAAAUGGAAAAAAUCAGAAGAAAAUCAACUAGCUGUAUGUAUCCCCAAACAAAUGUAAAGAUGUGAACAGUGUUAAAAAGUUUUGUGAAUUUUUUGCUGUGUACAGUGAAACUUUCAAUUUGAGAAUCAUGGAAUUACAAUUAUCACUUUGAGAAUCAUGGAAUUAUAGGAAAGGAAAUGCUGAGGUCAUUGUUGUCUAUAGAAAAUAAGUGUAUGUGAGGACCAAAGCCCAGAGGAGGCUUUUCUUUUCUAACUAUUGAUUGGACAAGACAGAUUAUAAUUUCAUUAGCAUUCAUAGCUAUUCAAGUGGGAAGAUAAAAGAAAAAAAUUCCUUAAUUCCAAUGUUUACUUAGGAAAUGUGCUUUAUGAGUUGUCAUCUCUUGAAAAAUUGCAAAUGCAGUGAGCUUAAUGGGAGAAUGUAACCCUUUCUUUUUGAAGUACAUCUCUAAGUUUGGUAUUCAAAUUUAGUUUUCCUCAUACUUUAAAAGAAAAUAAGAUGUAUUUUAGGACAGGUUCAGUUAUUUUCAUUGCUUAGAAGUAACCUCAGGGAAUUAAACUGCUUGAAGUUUGAUGAUGCCUUAUUACAUGUACAAAUUUGAUUCUUUUUUAACAAGGCAGAUAAACUGUGUUUACUUCCAAGAAUGCUGAUUUACUUGAAUGUAGUUUAAAAAAUGAACUUUCCUGAACUUAAAUCUGAGUUUUAAAUCUAAGUAGUUUAAGUAUUUUUAAUUACUCAUGUUCACUAGGUCUAAACUCCCAGGACCAUUCUGUUCAAGUUAAGUUGCUUUAUACCAGAUUCUGAUUUUCUCUUAUAUUUUGUUAUGUGGUAUGGGCCAUCUGAAUUACCACUGCCAUAACCAUUGGUUCAUAUCAUGUUUCACAUUAACAUGACCCUGUUACUACUGUAUCAAUCUAUAUUAAAAGUCCAUUUUUAUUAAAGUAUUCAGUUGGUACAAAAAAUGUAUUAUAUCCAUGUGUAUGUAGCGUCUCAUAUAAAGAUGUGUUUACUUUUGUCUCUUGUGAUAAAAAUAAAACAAUUAUUUUACCAUCA